CCGCGGGGCGAGGCGCCGCUGAGGCGCCGGGUGGCGGCGGGCGGCGCGGGCGGCCCGAUGGUGCGGAAGGCGGCGCGGCGGCGGGAGGAUGAGCUCGCCCCGGGAGCGCGCCGCCGAGCUGGCCCGCUUCUACACCGUCACCGACGCGCAGCGACACCCGCGGGGCCACACGGUGUAUAAGGUCACGGCCCGGGUUGUUUCACGAAGAAACCCAGAGGAUGUCCAGGAGAUAAUUGUAUGGAAGAGAUACAGUGACUUUAAGAAACUCCACAAAGAGUUGUGGCAAAUUCAUAAAAACUUGUUUCGACAUUCAGAAUUAUUUCCUCCUUUUGCUAAAGGAAAAGUAUUUGGCCGGUUUGAUGCGACGGUCAUCGAGGAGAGAAGGCAGUGUGCUGAGGACCUCCUGCAGUUCUCGGCCAACAUCCCUGCGCUCUACAACAGUCAGCAGCUGGGAGAGUUCUUCAGGGGCGGGGUGAUUCAUGAUGGCUCUGAGUUGAUCGGUCCCUUGGAUGCUUGCCCGGACUCCCUGACGGACAGUUUUGCUGAGUGCAGCACAGAAGGGUUCUCCAGCGACAGUGACCUGCUGUCCCUCCCCGUUGACACCGACUCCCUGGCUGAGACAGAUGAUGGGAUGGCUUCCGGUCAGAACUCUCCCGGGAGGAUGCUGGGGCCCCAUCUCCCCGUGGAGUCCGCAGUGCCAGGGGCUAUGGCUCCUGACAGUGAACGCAGCAGAGCGGAAGAGGAACGGGUGACUCGGAGCCUCUUUCCUGGAAGCUUCAAGCCCAGGCUUGGCAGAAGAGAUUACGUGGAGAGAGCGGGAGAAUUCAUAAAGCUGGCUUUGAGGAAGGAGGAGGAAGAGGACUAUGAGGCCGCGUCCUGCCUCUACAGAAAGGGAGUGGACUCGCUGCUAGAAGGGGUUCAAGGAGAGUCCAGCCCUACGCGCCGGGAAGCCGUCAAGAGGAGAACAGCCGAGUAUCUCCUGCGAGCCGAGAGUUUGUCCAGCCUGCGCAGGAAGGCGCCCCCAGGCGGCCUGAGCCGGGUGCAGCCUCCAGGAUCAGUGAGUUCAAGGCCCGCUGGGAGCCCGAGGAGCCCUGCUGAGGAGCUGAAGGCCUUCCGAGUCCUUGGGGUGAUUGACAAGGUUUUACUUGUAAUGGACACAAGGACAGAACAGACAUUCAUUUUAAAAGGCCUGAGGAAGAGCAGCGCGGGCGGCGGAGGCAGAAGGACCAUUAUCCCCCGCCGCGUGCCCCACAUGGUGCGUCUGCACAAGUACAUUGUGUCUGACGAGUCUGUGUUCCUGGUGCUGCAGCAUGCUGAAGGUGGCAAACUCUGGUCGUAUAUCGGUAGAUUUCUCAGCAGAAGCCCCGAGAACACCCUGGCGGCAGAGGCAGUGGGAGCACACAGCCCGAGGCAAGUCCCUGGCCAGCUGCCUGUGACCAGCCCUCAGGCUGCCGGCGGUGUUGGCCCUGGAGCCUCAGGGACGCCCCUGGGAGCCUUGGCUUUGCCACUGCCGCUGCAGAUGAGCCUCCAGCCCAGGUCUCAAGAGGGGAGCCAACUGGACGAGGAGGAGGAGGAGGAGGAGCCUGAGGAAGAGGAGGAUGGCCAAGCGAGUUCUCCCCGGUGGUCUGGAUCAGGCUCGAGCUCUGAGGAGGGCUGUACAUCCAGCUAUUCCACGCUGUGCAAAGAGUAUGGGCGGGAGCAGGUGGAGCCUGGGGCUCUGAGCGAGGAGCUUCUCUGGAGGCCCGAGGAUGGACGGCCCGCCCCCCUGACUGCCGAGAGCCCGCCCCGGGCCUUGGGGCUCGGACUCUGUCCCAGAGACGGUGACUUGGAAGCUGCCUCCUCAGCAGCCUCCCGAGGCAGCCCCCUGGACCUCUUCCGGAUUGACAGCAAGGACAGCGCCAGUGAGCUCCUGGGGCUGGAGUUGGCAGAGAGCCCAGGUGACCUGCUGUCCCCUGCCACACGCCCUGGUGGGUGCGAGGACGACUCUGUGCCUGUCAUUUCUUUCAAAGACGCUGCUCUGGACGCCAGCCCUGCAACUGAGGAGGGAAGGCCCGACCUCCUGGUCAAUCUGCCGGCUGGACUGGAAGCAGCCAGGGUCGUGCCCGUGGGCCCUGCCACCUGCUCGAUGCCACCUGCGGGCCUGGGGGACAGCCGACUUCUGGAAGCCCCUGACGUGCUGUGCCUUGGACUCAGCCCCGAGCCCAGUGGAGAGUCUGAGGAAGGGACCACUGAGGAGGGAGGCAGUUCCUUCAGACCCCAGUCCCAGUGGAGGACAGAGGAAGCCCUAGCCAUGGGGAGUGUCCUUGCUGCAACUGUUGAUAGUGACCAGAAGCUCGGAGAGGUGGGUUCUGCAAGGGGUCCCAGCUGUGCAGAAGAAAGUGGUGGUCAGGCCACCAGCUGCCCAGCUGACCCUGCUGGACACCAGGCAGACACGGACCUUUUCCAGACAGAAGAGGUUCUGCUGUUCGCAGAGCAUGCACCCGGCGACAAGGCCUUUGGAAGUCUGGGCCUGCCCUCUCGAGACUCAGAGGCCACGGCAGAGAGCUGGACAGCCCUGACUGGAGAUGGGGAAAUACACCAGAUUUUUGAGGCCCUGGAUAAGCAAUUAGCCCUUCACGCCAGGUUCUCCAUCCCGGAGGGCUGUGUGCAGCGCUGGGCAGCCGAGAUGGUGGUGGCGCUUGAUGCCUUGCACCGGGAAGGGAUUGUGUGCCGCGAUCUGAACCCAAACAACAUCUUAUUGAAUGAUAGAGGACACAUUCAGCUAACGUAUUUCAGCAGGUGGAGCGAGGUUGAAGAUCCUUGUGACAGCGAUGCCAUGGAGAGGCUGUACUGCGCCCCAGAGGUUGGAGCCAUCACCGAGGAGACGGAGGCCUGUGACUGGUGGAGUCUGGGAGCCAUGCUUUUCGAACUUCUCACGGGCAAGACUCUGCUCGAGUGCCACCCGGCGGGGAUCAGCACACACACAACGGUGGACGUGCCUGGCCACGUGUCAGAAGAGGCACGCUCCCUCGUCCAGCAGCUCUUGCAGUUCAACCCUGUGGAGCGUCUCGGCGCAGGAGCCGCAGGGGUCGAAGACAUCAAAUCACACCCGUUCUUCACCCCUGUGGACUGGGCGGCGCUGACGGGGUAAGCUCCCCCGGCUCAGCCCACGGGCCAGGCUGCGCAGCGGGAGCCACGCCACAGGCCGGAGCCCAGAGAGGAAGCAGGUGAAGAUGGCAGGACAGGACCGCUGGUGGUGACCGCUGCGUGGAGAGGGGCAGCCACACUCACGGGGCCGUGCGCGCGAGGCCGCGUCUCCUCAGUGCAGUUGCUGGUGGAGCUGAGUCAUAACGAGGAAGUUCCUUCCAGAACCUUCCAGACAGACAGCUUGGGCACUGUUCCCUAGCACUGCCAGGGCUCCCUGUUGACCACCACUGGACGCUCCAGUUAGACGAGUGCUUUCUGGGGCGCACUGGGAAGGGCUUUGGGAGCGAUGUUGCCUCUGGGGCCAGAAAGGGAGACGGGACCAGUGUCCUGUCGCUGCCGUCCCCGUGGCCUGCACCUGGCGACUCUGCCACUAGGCCAGCUAGACCCCCGUGGCCUGCGCCUGGCGACUCUAACACCAGGCCAGCUAGACCCCCAUGCCCAUGUUCUCUUUCAUGCCUCAGACGCCUGGGGAGGCAGAAGUGCUCCAUGCGGCCACUCUGCAUGGCUGCAGGUGACGGCGGUCCCCGUGAGCCCUGCUGGUCUGUCCACCUCACCUGCUGUUCCAGCGCCCUCUGCCCCCUCUCUCGUUGCUCAGCGGAACCCUUCAGAGGGAGGGGUGCCCCUCUGUACCUGCCUAAUGAAGUCAGCGAUCAUGAUGUGAAAUAAACGUGGCCAGCACUUAGCCCUGCCUGGUGGUGGCCUCCUUCCCUG